CCCAAUUCCAAAGUCCAGAAUCCAAUAUAUAAAUAGUUUAAUACUGAUAAUUGUUUUUGUGUAUGCUCUCCUCUGCUGCAACCAAACUAUUUACAGACACAUCUUCUUUGGACUUUUGUUUACUCAAACAUGCAUUUCCAGACUCCUUUCAACAUCACCAACCAUGUCAUGUUGCUUUUCUUCUUCACAUUAUAUUAUAUAUAUUCAUGCAACCAGCUAGCUAACAAAUCUUCUGAAGCAGCAUAAAAAAUGUCAGAUGAAGCAGAUCAUGAAUGAUUAAACUUACCACAAAAUUUAGUAUUACAUGCAAGUGCCUGCAGUAGCUACAGAAGAAACUAACAAAAUAGAUAGCAACAUGACAAGCUCCAUGUUUUUCUCUUGCCCUCUCCUCUCCUCCUCUUGCACUUGACCUUAAGGUGACUACUGGGAGCUUAAAAAAAAGUGUUUCUGGCUUAAAAUAAAGAAGUGGACUAGAACAGUGAAAGGUAAAUUAAGAAGAUUAAACUGUUUGGGAAGGAAGUAAAAGUGUUUAAACAAAAGCUAGCAUUCUCAGCUUCUUAUAAGUGUUUCUGGCUUUUUACACAAACGGGUCAAGAAAAGUAGAAGCCGGUUUCUUAUCCAAAAAAGUCGGAAGUAGUCUUGCCCAAACGGCACUAUGUUUCCAAUUCACCUUCUUCAAUUAUUUCUUGCAUCACAGAGUAUAUACAUUAAUACAUGUGUAGGCACAUUAUUUUCUCACAAGAUGACUUGCAACUUUUCUCUAUACACGAUAUAUAAGCUAGUAGUAUCUCAAAGGAGCCUCCUAUUAAUUCUAAUAACCCUCCUUCCCUCAACAUCUAUCAUAAACAUUUUGAUCCGGUAUGAGAUCUAAUUAACACAGUUUUCUUAAUCACUAACUCUCUAUUGAUCAAAGCAUUAUUAACUACUAUUUGCUUAAUCAAAAAAUCAGCUGGUUACUAUGGCUUCCAGUUCUGUAAGAGAUAGUCUUUCAACAUGGACAGCAGAAGAAAACAAAGCCUUUGAGAAAGCACUUGCUCAGUUCGAUAGAGACACUCCUGAGCGGUGGCAGAACAUAGCAGAGCUAGUUGGCGGUGGCAAAACCGCGGAACAAGUGAAGGAACAUUAUGAGGUUCUACUUGAAGAUCUCCGCCGCAUUGAGUCUGGCCAUGUUCCUAUACCUAGUUACCAGAACACUGAAAUAUCUACCGCCAAUGAAGAUGAAGAAAAGAGGCUUUUGAAGUAUCUCUGCAGGUUUCAGUGAAUAUCCCGGGGAGAGUUCUACAAGUUACUCCUACUAAUUUCAAGUCCAUCUGUGCCUGUGUCCAUCGAUCACUCUUCUACUAUCAAUUUUCUGUUUCAGUACUGUGACUCAUGUAUGUCAAAAUAGAGAUGCAAGGUGUGUUAUGGACCUAUGGUGAUCUUAUUAUAGUUAAUUUAUGUUGUUGC